AUGCACCCUAAAGGGGGCAGCAGCCUUGAAGUCAGCGUCCAUCCAGACCAAAUCCCUUAUAUUGCCACCUGGAAGAACAAUGUGGAAAAGAACCCCCCAUGGCUGAAGAGCUGCCGCGCAACUUUUGGGCAGGAAGCCAGAGUGUGUGCUGUAACCAAGUCAAAGCCCCCAGUCUUGCAGGACCCUGAAGGAGAGGGAGAGGACAUUUUAAGACCCCCUCCCCCGUAUGUCCCACCAACCGCACCCCCAGUGCCAGCCGAUCCGGCUCCAGGACUCCCUGAACCAGCCCCACAACCCACGGGAGGAGCGGGAGGAGAAGGAAAGCCAGGGGAAGACGAAGAGAAGGAGGAGGAGGAGGAGGAAGAAGAUGAGGAGAAGUUCAGAGAGAGGCUGGGAAAACGAGUGAAACAAGGAGGGAAAUGGACAGAGAAAGAUGACGAGAGGGUGAGAAGGGAGAUUGAACCAUGGAAGAGCGAGGUAGAUGUGGCGCCACACCUACUGGAAGUAGCCACAUGUAAGCCAGGACAGACGAGGAAGAAACAGAAGCAUUUAAUGAGGGCAUGGGAGGGAGCCAAAAAGCAUGAAGCAAGGAAAGAGGAAGAGGAGUUAGCAGCGAAAAUAGCCCCCCUGCGCCGAGUGUAUGACCCCCCAGGGCCUCCGGGACCGAAUGGGGAAGCAGCAGCACGGACCUACACGGUCCAGCAUAUACCCUUCUCAAGUGCAGAUGUUUGCAAUUGGAGGAAUCAAAACCCUUCUUUUGAGGAAAACCCAGCGAAAAUCAUAAAGUUGUUUGAAGGGAUUUUUAAGACUUAUAAUCCCACUUUUGAUGAUGUGCAGUAUUUGAUGGAUGCGCUGCUAACUACAGAAGAGACUAGGCGAGUCCAUACUGAGGCUCGAGCACAUAUGAGAGCGCAGGAAAUGCAGGAGGCAGACAUUACAGCAAGGUAUCCUGAAAACACACCGAAUUGGGAUUAUCAGACUACUGACGGCCAGAAUACCCUCGCUACCUACCGCCAGCAUGUAUUAAUUGGUAUGAGGCGGGCAGCAAGGAAACCCACUAACUUUGUGAAGGUCAGAGAGGUAGUGCAGGGGAGUGAAGAGGCCCCAGGAGCAUAUUUAGAACGCCUGAAGGAAGCUUACCGCCAGUAUACUCCUGUGGACCCAGAUGAGGCUGCCAACGCCCCUAUCAUAAAAGCUGCCUUUGUAGCUCAGGCGGCGGCCGAUGUCCGACGAAAAAUCCAGAAACACGACGGGUUCAUGGGGCACCCCCUUGAGUGGAUGUUGGAAAUAGCUCAGACCACUUACAAUCAAAGGGAAGAGGAGGCCCAAAAGAAAAAGGAGAAGUAUCAGGCUAAAAAGCUAAUGGCGCUGCAGAGCACCACACCCAUUCCCCAAGAAAGAGGAAGUGCCCGGGGAGGAGGGCGAGGUCGCCUGGGAAGGAACCAGUGCGCCAUCUGCCGGCAGGAAGGGCACUGGAAAAGAGAAUGCCCACAGGCUCACUCAGGGGGAAGAGGUCGAGGAGAACGAGUCCCAGGCUCCAUUCCUGUGGGACCCGGACAGGAACUGAGGCCUUGGACGUCGGCAAAUACCAGCAGGGGGAACCGAACCAUCCCCUUCAUGGUUGAUACAGGGGCCGCUCAUUCUGUCUUGCCCAUACCAGUGUCCAAGCCUACCAAGCAAACAAUUAGCAUAAUAGGAGCUACAGGCAAGUCACAAAAGGCCCCAUUUCUACAAUCUGUUGUCUGCCGCCUGGGUGGCCAAGUGGUCCAACAUAAGUUUUUGUACAUACCAGAGUGCCCCAUCCCAUUAUUGGGCCGAGACCUGCUUUCAAAAUUGCAAGCCCAGAUCUCCUUCCAACCGACAGGCGAAGUAACAAUGACUACAGGGCCAGCAGGAGAGUUUUCCCUAGAGGUACCCUUGAGGGAACAUUGGCGCUUGAUGGUGGUAAAAGAAGAGGAGGGACCCAUCCCCGCCAGUAUUCUGGAACAAGUGAACCCUGCGGUAUGGGCUGAAGGCAAUCCUCCAGGAAUGGCAAAGAACAUCCCACCUAUAAUAGUCAAGCCCAAGCCAUUUGCUAACCCCGUGGCAGUAAACCAGUACCCAAUCCCCCGGCGAGCUGCAGAAGGAGUAUGGGUCCAUUUAGAGCGGUUACUUCGCCAUGGCAUUUUAAGACCGUGCCAAUCUCAAUGGAAUACCCCACUCUUGCCAGUAAAGAAGGAAGAUGGCGGGUACCGUCCUGUCCAAGACCUUCGAUUGGUUAACCAGGCCGUGGAAACCCUCCACCCCAAUGUGCCCAAUCCUUACACGCUGUUGAGUCUAAUACCUCCCACCGCACGUUACUUCACUGUGCUGGACUUGAAGGAUGCAUUCUUUUGCUGCCGCCUAGCGGAGGAGAGCCAGCCCCUGUUUGCAUUUCAAUGGACAGAUCCAGGAACAGGCACCAGGGUGCAAUAUACGUGGACAAGACUCCCGCAAGGCUUCAAGAAUUCACCAACCCUUUUUGGGGUUGCAUUGGCCUCGGACCUAUCCAGCUUCCCCACCAACCCACGCAGGAUUUUGUUGCAGUACGCGGAUGACCUUCUUCUAGCGUGUUCAGACGAGCACACGUGUAUGGAAGCCACCAAAGACUUGCUGAAUCACUUAGCCGAGGCAGGAUACCGAGUAUCUAAGAAAAAGGCCCAAAUAUGUCAGCCCACUGUGAAAUACCUUGGAUUUGAUAUAUCUCAUCAGCGGCGAACCCUGAGGGAGGAAAGGAAGCAAGCUAUUAUUCAGAUUCCAGAGCCAAAGAACCGCAGGGAACUCCGUGGCUUUCUGGGAUCAGCAGGGUUCUGCAGAAUAUGGAUACCAGAUUACAGCACAAUUGCCAAGCCUCUGCAUGAAUCAACCAGAGGAACUGAGAAGGACCCCUUUGUGUGGGGAGAAGAACAACAGCAGGCCUUUAAGAACCUAAAAAGGGCAUUACAGCAGGCACCAGCGCUAGGCAUUCCAAAUCCCGAGAAGCCGUUCUCCCUGUUUGUGGAUGAGGACCAGGGAACAGCAAAGGGAGUGUUGUGUCAGAAAUUGGGAAGCUGGCAGCAGCCCGUGGCAUACCUGUCUGAGCGCCUGACGCCUACUGAACAAGGUUUACCGCCCUGCAUGAGAGCAGUUGUGGCAGUCGCCACUUUACUAAGCAAAGCAGACAAAUUCACUUUUGGCCAAGACACUGUUUGUGUGACCCCGCAUGCAGUCCCAGCUCUGCUUGAUAUGAAGGGUACCUAUUUCCUCUCCCAAGCAAAGAUGAGAAAGUGUCAGAUGUUAUUGCUGCAUCCGCGUUUGAAGUUCCAGGUUACCACCGCCCUCAACCCAGCUACCCUGUUGCCGGUAGGAGAAGGUGAGGAGCCAAUGCACGAUUGCAUUGAGGUUAUGGACGAAGUGUAUUCUAGCAGGUGGACCCACGAGCGCACCCCGUGUGCUCUGACUGAACCCCUGCACCAGUUCGAGCCGGGUGACGAGGUGUGGAUCAAAGACUGGGCCCAGACACCUCUACAACCGUGUUGGAAGGGCCCCCACACUGUCCUGCUGUCCACACCCACCGCUGUCAAAGUCACUGGCAUCACCCCGUGGGUCCACCACACCCGAGUGAAGAGAGUUGCGUCUGACUGGUCAGCUACGCCAAAUCCUACGAAUCCACUGAGGCUGACCAUCUCCAGGAGACCGCCAGACGACCGCCCUGCUGGUGUCACUCCGGACGCUGACACUUCUACGCACGGCUGA